CAGAAUGCCCCCUCCCCCACCUUGAAAUGCUGUGGAGGGGUAAAAAAUCACUGCGCCUGGCCACAACGGGAGGGAACCUUACGUUCGCAGCUGCUACCCAAGACAUCACGAGCCCACCUUCCUACAUUACAUACCUCUCCUCGAGUCCCCUCCCCCCAAAGCUUUGUUCCCUACCCCUCUCUUCUUCCUUGCACCAGAGGUACCAAGAUACUCGGGAGACUCAUCUAGGCCCUCCUCCUUCCUCUCGCUCUUUCAACCCUCUCUCCUUACCACACCACCAACCAACCCAACUCCGUUCCAGUUCGGAACACAAUCCUGCAAUCAUGGCCACCGAAGAGAAGGAGAUCGACUACACUCUCAACAACCCCGACACCUUGACCAAGUACAAGACCGCGGCCGAGAUCUCUGAGAAGGUCCUUGCUGCCGUCAAGGAGCUCUGUGUCGCUGGCGAGAAGAUCUCCGACAUCUGCGGCAAGGGCGACCAGCUGCUCGAGGAGGAGAUCUCCAAGGUCUGGCGCGGGAAGAAGGUCUCCAAGGGUUUUGCUCACCCUACCACCGUCUCUCCCAGCUCCUAUGUCACGCCGUACACCCCGCUGAAGACGGACGAGAAGGAGGCUGCCAUUGAGCUUCAGGAGGGCGAGCCUGUCAAGAUCCAGCUUGGUGCUCAGAUCGAUGGCUUCCCCUCGAUUGUCUGCGACACCAUCAUUGUCCCGGCCAAGGACAAGAAGACCGACGUCAUCGAGGGCAAGACUGCCGACCUGAUGCUGGCCACCCACUACGCCAACGAGCUCCUCCUCAGGCUCAUGCUCCCCCCCGGAACGCUCGCAUCUGGCUCCGAGGAGGAGAAGGCCAAGGCCGCCGCCGCGAAGCCCAAGACGCAGGCUCAGAUCAACGACCUCGUCCAGAAGAUUGCCAAGAGCUACGAUGUCAGCAUCGUCGAGAGCACCACCUCCUGGCUGUUUGCCCGCAACGAGAUCGAGGACAAGAAGAAGAUCGUGCUUGCGCCGGGCGAGGGUUCCAAGGGCGACGGCACGCCUGAGAUUGGCGAGGUCUGGGGUGUCGAGAUUGGCAUGAGCUCCGGCUCGGGCAAGGUUAAGCAGCUCGACCAGCGCUCCACCCUGCACCGCCGCACUGCCCAGCAGUAUGGCCUGAAGCGGCCCACCUCUCGCAAGAUCUACUCCGAGGCCCAGAAGAAGUUCGGCUUGUUCCCCUUCAGCCUGAGGCAGUUUGAGGACGAGAAGGACGCCAAGACCGGUGUUGUCGAGUGCGUCCGCAGCGGUGUCUUCCGCCAGUACGAGCUUGUUGGCGACAAGGAUAACGCCCCAGUCGUCAGGACAUGGACGACCGUCGCCAUCACCAAGAAUGGUAUCACCAAGCUCGGAGGACCCUCCGCUUGGGACCUGACCAAGUUCAAGACCGACAACAAGAUCACGGAUGAGGAGAUCCUCAAGAUCCUCGAGCUUCCCAUUGCCAAGAACAAGGGCAAGAAGAAGAAGAAGACCACCACCGAGGCGUAGAUUGUCCCGAAGCGUUUGUCUACCGCCACAGAGGGGGCGCGUUUCAAGGUGGCAAAGUCGCUGGUUGGAUAAGAGGCUGCAACGCGGGCUUUUGGGCGAGUCUAGCACCCGCGUGUGCUGAAAGGUCAGUUGAGGUACGCGCAGCACAGUUCAUGGAACACUGCGGACUCCGGAAAUUUCCCACCCUCCAGGGAAUGGCCUCGCAGUCGACGAGCGAGUCAUCAGGCUCGCGACGCGGACGGACGGGCAGACUGUGGGAACCUCUUUCUGAGACCCGAGGAGUCAGCAGGGAGGAGGGACGGCACCGCCCAAAACGCAAUGCAAGUAGGAACAGCCCAAGAAAAGAGAAAAAAUAGACCAGCAUUGAAUGCGACGACCCGGAACAGGCUUAAUGAUGCGAUUAAAUGCGUGAGCCCAGUCGCAGCAAACCAAGGUGCCGAGCAUACACGGAUGGGCCGUCUUUCGCCGGCCCUGUGAGCACCAGUUGGCCGGUGAGUGAGCGAGUGAACGAACGAACUAUUAUACCCGGGGCGAUUGGGUUCUACCUAUCAAGAUCCACGCCACCAAGACACCUGCCGCUGCAUAUAGCUAUCGCUAUUUCUGUUGCUCCUUUUCUCUCUCUCUCUCUCUCUCUUCCCUCCCAUGCCCUUUCAGG